GAAAGUGAUUCACACUUGUGCGUUGUUUGAGAUAACGCAAUCAGCGCUGUACGAUAAGAGCGUGCAGCUGUUCGCCGGUUUUUGGAAAGAGCACGCAGCUACAUACAGAGGGGCAAAUCGGAGGCGUUUCAGUGUACGACAGACCGCGGUACGCAAAGCGGGCGUUUUUAACCGAAAAGAUGGCUUUCCGUUCUAGUACGAGAUUGUAUUACGCCAGGACGCUUCAAGUAAACACCAUUGGCUUCCGGAGGAAUCUGAGCGCAACGACAACGAGCGAUGCGAUCGAUCCGGAAUGGCAAACGGCGAAGCCGUUCAAGAGCAUACCGAGUCCAUCGUUGCUGGAGAUGGUCAAGGGAUUCAUGAAAGGAGGUCGCUAUGAAGGGGUUCCGAUGGCCGAUUUUCAUCGAUUAUUGCGUGAAGAUUAUGGAAAUUUAAUCCGUAUUCGGGGCCUGCUCGGCAAACCGGACGUGGUGUUAAGCUUUGAGCCGCAGGAUUUCGAAAAAGUGUUUCGCACCGAAGGACCCUGGCCUGUGCGCCGUGGUAUGGACACGUUCACCUACUAUCGGACGAAAGUUCGGCCGGAAAUAUUUGGAGAAUCGGGUGGACUAGCGAAUGAGCAGGGAGAAAAAUGGCAAAAGAUGCGCACGAUAACCAAUCCAGUGAUUAUGCAACCGAAAACCGUUGGACUGUACGUUGAUCAAGUUGAUGCCGUAGCACGGGAGUUCAUGGAGAUUGUUGGUACUUUGCGCGAUGCAAAGAACGAGCUACCGGCUGAUUUCGACCAGUGGUUAAACCGAUGGGCACUGGAGACCGUGGGUGUGUUGGCGUUGGAUACCCGGUUUGGCGUGCUGAAUUCCGCCGAAUCAGAACAAGCUAAACGAAUCAUCAAGCUGGUUCGUGAAAGUUUGGAUUUAUCGUACCGCUUGGAUAUUGAGCCUUCCAUUUGGAAGAUUUACAAAACUCCUACCUUCAAGAAACUGAUGAAUGUCCUUGAUGAACUGACCAACAUCAUUAAAGCUAAAGUCGAUGAUGCUCUGGAGAGGAUCGAUCAAAACCCUACGGACGCCAGCAAUCAAAGCAUUUUGCAAAAGUUGUUGAAAGUCAACAAGAAUGUUGCGGUUGUUAUGUCCCUCGACAUUAUUGGCGCCGGUGUAGAUACUACAUCGUCCAGUACAGUUGGAGUGCUCUAUUCCCUGGCCAAGAAUCCGGAGAAACAGGCAAGGCUACGGGAGGAACUGCGUGCAAUCCUACCACGCAAGGAUUCCCCGCUAACGACGGAAAACAUGCGCAACCUACCGUACCUGAGGGCUUGCAUCAAGGAGGGUUUACGGUUGUACCAACCGACGGUUGGGAACUCGCGCGGAACCGGUCGAGACAUUGUGCUGCAAGGAUAUCGCAUCCCCAAAGGCACGGAUGUAGCGAUGCUGACCUCGGUGCUACAACGGGAUAACACAUACUUCGACCAAGCUAGCGAGUAUCUUCCGGAGCGCUGGCUCCAUGAACGCGUAGACGGUGUCAAGAGUGCCAAGGACACAAAUCCGUUCAUCUUUCUGCCCUUUGGCUUCGGUGCUAGGAGCUGCGUCGGAAAGCGGCUCGCCAUGAUGGAGAUGGAGAUCAUUAUUGCACGGUUUGUGCGGAACUAUGAGCUGCGCUGGAAUUACGAGGAGUUAAAGUUUAAGACCAAUCUUAUCAACACUCCCUCCAAUCCACUUCAGUUUCAGUUGGAGAAUGUUGAAUCGUAGGUGUUUAGACAGCGCAUUACAUACGGUAUCAAACGGAAAUAAAUUUUAAUUCGAAAAAAAGCUCAA